GGCAAGGAUCACAAUCAAGAUGGUAAUCAGGGACAAUAAACAGUGAGAAAAAUCAUCAUCAGUAGCAUGUGCAAAUCACAUGAAGUGAAGUGAAGAGGAUAAGCUGAGGAUGACAUAUCGAUCGAACGCCGACACACUGCCACCAGAGCUGUCUCCUCGCUCUCCCUCACCCAGUCCGACCCCCGCCGUAGCACCCCGACCAGCAACCCAACCAUGACCUCCACCCCGCCCCACUUCGCCAUUGCCGUCAGCAUUGUUGUUGCCCUCUCCGCGACCUCCACCUUUCCCACGACUUCCAGCGUCGCCGCCACCACCUCACCCUCCCGUAACUACUCCCUCCGCCUUCGCCACGGCUUCCUUCUCUCCUCUCAGUACCACUGUCGCUAGCUUCGUCACCUCCUCCACGACAUUCGGCUCUCCCACUAUCUUGCCUUCCACCAACUGCCCGCCCCGAGGCGCUCUGACCGUCGGAUCAGACUGGGCCGGACCGAUCACCAGUGGGUUCUAACAGCCCGCUUCAAGAGGCUUUAUGGGUAAAAACGAUGACAUUAAUUCCACAACUUUAAACACCAUUAGAAUGAUGAUUUUUCUUCCACUAAGAAACUCAAAAAAGGUCUUUCCGCUAACUCCUCUAGCGCUCACUCUUUCGCUCGGUCUCCGUCUCCUCCUCUUCGGGUACCGAUUUCUCCUUUGCUCCUUAGCGAUCGCUGGUCACACAACCCAAGUUAACUUCUUUCACGUUCGAAUUCGAGAUUCUGUUCCUCUUUUGCCCCAUUUCUCAGGAGCUCUCGAGUUAAUCGUCAGAGUCAACGUGAGAGAACCUAGAGAGGAGACGUCGAUGCCGAUGGUAGCAAGAGAGAAAUCGGUGCGAUUAGACCAACUUGACACCGAGGCCAUGCUUGACGAUUUGGAUUCCUUUGAUGAUAUCCCUCUUCCCACGACGACCACCACAGAGCGAAGACCCGGAAAGUUUCGACCUAGAACUCGUGCUAAAACUGCUACUGUUGCCUCUACAACCCCCAAAAACUCUGAUGAUGCACAACUGGUUCCUCCAUCUCCACAGCCAUCAGCUCAAGAUUCUGAUUUUAAUCUGGAGAUGGAGAGAACCGGUCACGAACCUGGCCUUUCCAAUUACUCUGUUGUGGCAGGUGGAUUUUUGGAUACUUCUCGGCAGAGUCAAGGAAGUUUAGGCCAGAUGCUUGCUUCAGCUUGUGUUCCCCUAAUGGCCCCACAAGUACAUCUGCAGGGAAUGUUGAAAUCUUUUAGCCAAAAGUUGAUCAACAAUGCCAAAACAAGGAACUUAUGACAUCGUCCAAUGAUUUUCUUGGAAUUGCGAUGUCACUCGGUGUCUCAACUCUCGACUCUAGUGUCUCUCAACCAGAGGCUGUUCACUUUGAAAUAAACACGGCUUAUGAAGAACCGUUGAUCAGUCUUGAGGCCUCUCAAGGUGAAGGAUUCUCAAAGGUUUUGACAUAGAUCAACUUAUCCUCGCUAAGUGAAAUAAACAGGCAUUAGCAGAGUUCUCCACCAUGAAAUCUCCUCAGUAUACCGGUGGAACCGCUGGUGUCCGACGAGCAGGCAAGUUUCAACCAGAAAACAUCUCACAACCAAACAAGGGAACAGCUAAGUCUGUUUCUUUCAUUUCUUCUGAGGCUUCUGACUGUCAUUCCUUCCAUGGGAUCCUUUUCUGAGACAAUGGAUAUUUCCUCUGUACAAAUGAUGACCGAUGUACAUGAAGAUGACCCUUUACAUUCAGUAUCCACAAUCCCAGACUGCAUUGCAGGAUUUCAGAUGGAUCACAUGAUAGGGUCGGAAAAGAGAUGAUGCAGCUCAAAACUCGGACAGAGUUGACCAAUGAAACAACAGAUGAUGGUCUAGUGAUUAUAUCACAUGAUACAGUUGGAGGAAAGGGGAGUAUUUAGAAAGAAGAGCAACAGGAGAAUGGUUGUGAUGUUGAGGACCCUGUGGAGUUCAAUGAUUCAAAAUGUGAAGUUAACAGUCCUUCAAAUGUUACCGGAGUGUCAAAAGUGUAUUUGAGUGUGAUGGCUCUCACCCUGAAGACACGGAAAUAUGGGAGAUCUGAAGCAUAGAGCGAUUCUUAUUCUGCCUUCCUGAGGAGUAUGCUAGUGAUCGAGAACCAACUUGGAGUUCUUUCCAUGAUGCUUGCAUCCAACUGUUCCUUUGAGAAUUUCUUUUAGCGCAAAAGCCAACCACAACAAAACAACAUUGUAUCCUUUGCUUGAGGAAAAAGUGUUGACCAGGUAUGACUUUGCUGAUUGCAUUUCUGCACCAGAUUCAACUUAGGAGUAUGUAAUAAUUUUUUUGGCUGUACACGGAUGCUAAUUCUCUCCGUUCACGAUCUCUUUCAAGUUUUUCUUUUUCUCAAUCUGGCACAGUCACAGAUUGCAUUUGAAGAAGUCGAGGUGUAUCAUCUAAUGCUACAUGUCAAUUUAAAGCAUCAGUCGCUGUUCAUGUCUCCAGAUACCAUUACUUUGAAGUUGACUCUUUUAGUCCUGAUUCAUCAAUGAA